CUCGAUAGAUCACGGGAUCGAACAUCCAGACCAGAAUCUAGCUUCCCCCAACAUCGCAUGACCUACAAGCCACCGUAAAACCUCCAGGAUCAACAUUUGCGAUGGAACAUACUCUCAAAUGCAACGUCCUCAAGUGUCGAAAAGAGCUCAGUGACCAGGCCCUGGUAACCACGUGCAGCCACAUAUUCUGCGUAGAUUGCUCCAAGCGCCAUGGCUUGACAGGCCAAGCUCCGGAUCGCCGCAAGUCGUGCCCGGCUUGCGAAUGCCAGCUCAACAAUCCAGACGAUGCCGUGGUGACCAAUUUGAACCUGACCGAGAACUACAAGACGAGCGUUCUCAGCGGUCUGAGCCCCAACAUCAUCAUGGAGUGUGCAGGAAGGGCCUUGAGCUUUUGGGCCUACCAGACGACCCAAGAACACAGUAUAUACCAGCGCUAUCUGGAAAAGACGCUGACGGAGAAGCUCAAAAUCCUAAACGUCAAGUUAGAAAAGACAGUUGGUGAUGCGAAUGCCGACAUUACGGGUCUCCAGGAAAAGAUUCGAGCUCUUUCAGAUGACUACGACGACAUGCGACGGAAACACGAAGAGCUUGCGCGUUCCUACCAAGACAAGUGCCGCAAGCUCACACAAGUCCAGGAGCUCUACGACAAGGUCAAGAGGAAGGCCGAUCUGGGACAGAUGGAGGCUGCCGCUUCGGAUGCAGUUGACUCCAAUCUCCAAUAUGGCACACAACUACCAGCCUUUGAGUUCCCUGAACCCGCAGCGAGGCAGAAUAUCUACGAACAGCAGUCGGAU